AUGCCGUCAUAUAGACGCAUAGAUCCUCCGCUGCUUCCAACUUGGAUAGUAGGGGAGGUGAUGUCAGGUACUUCUUUAAGUCUUGUAAAGCUUUCUCGCACUUCGUCGUUCCAUUUGUCUCGCUGUGUCCUGAUUGCCUUGAAAAAGCUUGCAUUGGUCAGUAGGCCGCGUGAGGAGUUAGUUGAGUGCAGCUGCUCAUCAGGCAUUAUCGACCUUGAUGCCAUCUUCUUGACCCGUCUGCUGUGGUUUCUAUUUGGUGGAGCUGCUUUGUACUCUCCGUCUUGUUUGUUUGCCCAGAAAAUCGACGGAAAAUGUUUUGAGUUGGAAGAGAUGUUGAUGGGUCAUGCAGAUGGUAUAUCUGAGCCUCGGUCAUCCAAGGAUCGGUUACUUCCUUAUGCUGAAUCAUCCGAGUUAGAUGAUGUUGACACUGCAGACUCUUCUGAGCAAAUUCUUCACACGGCCUCCUUCGAAGAGCUUGCAAAGAAUAUCGUUAAGUAUGACACUGUUAUAUGGCUUUCUAUAUCGCUGUUGCUGGUUUUAGCUUGGGGAGUUGGCAUCAUUAUGCUUUUAUAUCUGCCUUUUAAGAGAUAUGUUCUUCAGAAGGAUGUUUCCUCACGAAAACUAUAUGUUACGCCAAGUGAAAUAGUUUACAAGGUUUCGAGGCCAUCUUUCAUACCCUUCUGGGGCAUCACUACAAUUGAGAAGCAUGUACCCCUUUCCCUGGUGAUUGACAUCAUUAUAGAACAAGGUUGCUUGCAGUCAAGGUAUGGAAUUCAUACCUUUAGAAUUGAAAGUAUAGCAUGUGGAAAAGCCGCAGCUGUAGAUGAACUACAGGUUCAAGGGGUUUCUAACCCUAGUGGUUUGAGGAAGGUAAUCAUAACAGAAGCUUCAAAGGCCAUACGAGAAAGUGCUGUAAGUUGGAAGCCUACUGCCACCACUACUGAAGGGGAAAGCGUGGCUCGUACUGGAUCAUUGACUGAGGGACCUCUUGUUUUGAGAUCGCCAUCUAAAAGCUUAAAGAUGUCAGCAUCACCACGCUAUGCGUCAAUAGAACGCAGAGGCGUAGUACCUGGGGAUUUGCUACUUAAUAAACUUGACGAAGUCAAUAAAUCUGUGAAGAGAAUCGAGUUGUUAAUUGAGAAGUCCCGUGCACACCCUGAGUCCUCAACUGAAAUGAAGUCAGAUGUACGCUAGGCCUGUAGAUGUACCUUUAACAAACAACAAACGAGCAGUGAAAGAAGAGAGAUGUAUAAAUAUUUCUGCAUGUGUCUGUAACUAUUGGAAUUGGUUACUAAUGGCUUCCCCGGUUACCUCGGUUGUAGCUGUACAGGAUGUUGCAACCUAAAAGCGUUUUGAACAGCGGCUCAUCACGAUUCCUUUUUGUUUAUCUUAUGGUAGAGAUUUGCCGUUUCUUACUAUCUUUGUAGUUUCUCAUUGACUGUGAUAUUGCUUAGAUAUAAUUCACUGGAUGAAAUUUCAGUUUUUAA